UCAAAAGUUUUUAAAUUACUCUUUAAUUUGUUAUCUCUUAGAAAAAUAAUUAGCAAUUCAGCUUUAAAAAAGGGAUGAUAAUAUAAGUUAAGCAGCAACAACAAUGUUCUGGACCAUGGCUAGAAAGUGGAUAGGGUGCUAUAUCUUUUUACUAGCACUCUUGGCUGUGGGAAUGGCUUUUUCGGGUGUAUUCAACGCGUCAGACAAAUAUAUUUUCAUGGAUGAUUUGGUGCCCCUCAAACUCACCCAGGGCAAAGCGUCAGAGCAUCAAAAACCAAAAUUGACUAAUUCUCAUCCAAACUUGUAUUUCAGCCAAGUGGAUGUACAGCUUAUGAGGCAAAGAUCCUCCAGCACGCACAGUCACAUUUUCAAAGUAAUCAGAGCAGCGGUCCUGACCAUGCUAUCCAACGUGCCCCUUUACAUGCCCCCUGCAAAACACGAGGAGUUUACUAGCAAGUGGAAUGAGAUUUAUGGGAACAACCUACCACCCCUCGCACUGUAUUGCCUUCUUUCGCCAGAGGACUCAGGUGCCCUGCAGUUUCUCAUUAAGUUUAUGGAUAGAAUGGCUGAUUACCCAGACUGGAAGGUGACAAGUGCUCCCAAUGACGAGGUGCCCAUGGCACAUUCACUCACUGGAUUUGCCACUGCCUAUGACUUUAUUUACUCUUUCCUGGAUGAGCACCGACGCAUUGUUUACCUCAACAGGAUUCGCUCCGAGACAGAGGAGUUGUAUGAAACAUCUAAGUACAGGGGAUGGGGGAAGCAGUACCUCCAAAAUCAUCAAACCACUAAUAUAUUAGCCAUUUUGACCGGGGCUAUUGUGGUCGGCACGCUCGAUGACCCAGAAACAAUGGUCUGGAAACAGGUGUCAGUCAAUUACAUGGAGAAGACCAUGUUUCUCCUAAAUCACAUUGUGGAUGGGUCACUAGAUGAGGGCGUGGCCUACGGGAGCUACACGGCCAAGUCUAUCACGCAGUAUGUGUUCCUCGCGCAACGUCAUUUCAACAUUGACAACUCACAGAAUAGCUGGCUGCGGGCACACUUCUGGUUUUACUAUGCCACGCUGCUGCCAGGCUUCCAGAGGACCGUGGGCAUAGCCGACUCCAAUUAUAACUGGUUCUAUGGGCCUGAGAGCCAGCUGGUCUUCCUGGACACAUUUGUUUUGAGAAAUGGAACUGGGAACUGGCUCGCCCAGCAGAUUAGAAAGCACAGACCCAAGGACGGCCCCAUGGGCCAGUCCUCUGCCCAGCGUUGGACUACCCUCCACACAGAGUACAUCUGGUACAAUGCCCAUCUUACACCGCAGCCUCCCAAUGGAUUUAGCAAAGCCAGGAUGCAUAUUUUCUCCAACUGGGGUGUGGUGACAUAUGGAGCCGGUCUGCCCAGUGGUCAGAGCAACACAUUUGUCUCCUUCAAAUCUGGGAAGCUGGGCGGCCGCGCGGUAUACGACAUCGUACACGCGAAGCCUUAUUCAUGGCUGGACGGCUGGAACAGCUUCAACCCAGGGCACGAACAUCCGGACCAAAACUCCUUCACCUUCGCUCCUAACGGACAAGUGUUUGUGUCCGAAGCACUUUACGGACCCAAAUACAGUUAUCUGAACAAUGUAUUGGUGUUCGCACCCUCUCCCAGCAGCCUGUGCAAUUCCCCAUGGGAAGGGCAGUUGGGGGAGUGCGCUAAGUGGCUGCGCUGGACAGACGAAGGAGUGGGGGAUACAGCUGGGGAGCUGGUCGCUGCUUCAUCCCAUAGAGACACCAUGUUUGUGAGUGGCGAGGCGUCGUCUGCCUAUUCUCCUGCCAUGCGGUUAAAGAGUGUGUACAGGGCCCUGGUGCUGCUCAAUUCACAGACCUUGUUAGUUUUGGACCAUGUUGAGAAAUGGGACGACUCGCCCGUCACCUCACAGAGCGCAUUCUUCCACAACCUUGAUAUUGACUUUAAGUACGUCCCCUAUAAAUUCAUAGACAAGUACAAUGGGGCAUUGAUGGAUGUGUGGGAUGCCCACUAUAAAAUGUUCUGGUUUGACAGUCAGGGUCUCAGUCCAGACACUAGAAUACAGGAGGCAGAGCAGGCGGCUGAGUUCAAAAAGAGAUGGACGCAGUAUGUUAACGUCACUUUCCCUAUGAGGGGCACAGUAAGUCGAGUGGCAUAUGUGAUGCAUGGACCUUAUGUUAAAGUGUCCAACUGUAGAUUUCUGGACAGCAGCCAAAAUGGUGUCAGGCUAUCUCUAAUUAUAAAUAACACAGAGAAAAUUGUAUCCAUUGCAACAAACUAUAAGGAUAUAGGGGCAAGAUUAAAUUAUUUAGGAUUUGGGGGUUAUGCCAAAACUGAGGACAGAAGUCAGAUAAUUCGAUAUGGCCUGGGAACGGAACUUGUUCCCAAACAAAACAAAGUGGACAGUCAGCUAUUUGAUUUUGGGUUCACUGUCAAUGUGGUAGCAGGACUGAUACUUUGUGUGGCUAUUGUGUUUUUGACCAUGCAGAGAAAUUUCUAUGUGUGCUUCAGUAGACUUAUGCGUUAUGCACUGCUCUCUGUGCUCCUACUGUGGAUAGCCGAGUUGCUGUUUAUGUCGAACACCUGUGAUCGACUCCUCUGUGGUGUUAAAUGGAAAAGUGUCAGCUCUGAUCCAGAGAUCAACAAACAAAACUCAUUUCAUGAUCAGCAUCGCUUCCCCCUACCAACUGUUGUAAUAACGGCCCUGCCUGGCUCUGGAUCAGAAAUACUUAAACACCUUUUUGACAACAGCUCCGACUUUGUUUACAUACGUGUCCCAACAGAGCACGUGGACAUUCCAGAGACAGAGUUUGAAUUUGACUCUUUCGUCGACGCUUGCGAGUGGUCAAGAUUGGAGGCCCUGCGCGGGCGCUUCAAGAUCAUCCAGGGCUGGCUCCACUCUCUGAUCCACAACACCAAGCUGCACCUGCAGAACAUCCAGCUUGUGGAGAGUAGCAGGGCCAAGCAGCCCCAGAAAGCACCUGGCCCUGGCAAGGACAGGAGGAAAAGGACCAGAAGGAAGGAACCUGCCGUGGAGCUGAAGGGCAAGGUGAGGGGCAGCCCGGACCGGGACGCUGGAUACAUCAGGGAGAUGAGGCACCACAUCAGUGAGUACCCCAAUGCCCGGGUGGUCCUCAACAUGAGGAGUGGCAGCUGGGGGCUGAAGCUCCCCUUUAUUCAGGAGGUGGUGGGCCCGUCCCUAAGGACUAUCAAUGUAGUCAGAGACCCUCGGGCAUGGAUCUAUAUCAUGCUUUAUAACAGUAAGCCCAGCCUUUACUCGCUUAAGAACAUUCCAGAACAUCUGUCCCUGAUAUUCAAGGAGGCCAGUAGCAGGGACAGGUGCCCAGCCUCAGCCCCGGAGUUCAGAAUGAUCCGGAGGCUCCUAUCCCACUCGGAGGCCAACGCUGUCCUCCUGCUGUCCCACCUGUGGCUAGCGCACACUGCUGCAGUGUUUCGGGUCAGUGGGAGCCUGCCAGCUGAGGCCUUCCUUCAGCUCAGAUUUGAGGACAUAGUUGCUUUCCCCCAGGAGACAGCUGAAAGGAUACACACAUUCCUGGGAGUGCCGGUCAUGCCAUCGGCCCUAAACCAGCUCAUGUUCACCACGUCCACGAACUUGUACAACCUGAUGUACGAGGGGGACAUAUCACCAGCCAACAUUAACAUAUGGAGGCAGAACAUGCCUCGCAAGGACAUCAGACUGAUAGAGGACACAUGUGGAGUGGUCAUGAAGAGGCUUGGUUACUCCAGGUUUCUCAGCUAAUUAAUGUGCUGCUGCAGGUCAGCAGAUUAUAGGAUUGUCUUGUACGUAGCUGCCAACCGUUUCAUUUUGACCUAAUGUUGUAUUUCUUGCACUGAGCGGUAACGUAAGUGACGUCAACACUGAGUCACUGAUAAGGACAAAAACAAAAGACAAGAACAAAUAAGCACUAUGAUUUCAGUUCAGCGUUUUAAUCUGUUACAUUGUAUGCACACGGUUCUACUGACGCAUGAUACCUAGUGUUUGCAAGUGAGGGAUGUUUUACAUUAAAAUGAGUUGAAGUAGAACUAUAAAAGGGAAAGUAUUUGAGUGUGUUUUCUCCCUAUUGUCCCCCGGGUUGGAGUGAGAUUUCCAUUCUUUGAUGUCCAACAUGCAGUUGUCUCUUAAAACAAUCCAAAAAUACUGCAGUCUGAACUGAUUAUUUUUGUACAGCUGUUUGAGGCUUAGAAAUACAGUAUGCUCCUAGUGCUUGAUUGUUUUUAAUAUAAAUGAUAUAUAGAUAUAUAUAUACAAUGUGGAGUGUAUUUUCAUAUAUACAUGUAUACUGGAAAUGUUUUAUGUUAGGCAAGUAUGCCAUCAACAAAUUGUAUUUGAAGUUUAAAGAUGACUUGUUAACAGUUUAUCACUUUGCAGGCAUCUGCUCAGAUAGUCUGUAAAAGACUAUGUACAAUGUAAGCCUUUAAAAUCGAACUGAUUAAGUAAUUAGCUUGCAAUGGUAAUCUUAGGAUGUUACGUGGAGGAAAAUAUAAUGAAUGCUUAGCUGGAAACAUACACCCAAAGGGUAUAACAAAUUAAUAUGAAAAUGAAUAUUAUUAUUACCCAGAUAUGGGUACUGCUGAGUUAAAUCCAAAGAAAGUCAGCUCUGUAGAGAUCAAACUGGGCGUAACAACAGCCCUGACACCGAUUCACUCUGAACAAUUCUAAAGUAUCCCCCAAGCCACCCAUAUUAAUCUGCAAAACAUCAUAACUGGGGCUCCUUCCGGUAUUUUUAUUGCUGCGUUAUCUUAAUCAGGCCCUAGAGGAAAUGCAAAUGACACGCAUCCUGUCACGUGUCAGAUAUCCAAUGAUUUUUCAGGACUUGGUCCUUAUAUACGUUUUCUAGACAGCAGACUUCCAUGUCUAUGAAUAUCAAAUGUGUUUUUAAAAGGAAGUGUAGAGGACAGAGUUCUGUGGGUCAUUAUGUUCUAUUCUCUGAGCCACAAAUGUGGACAAAAUGUCUUUUUUCAAGGUUUUAUUUGAUGCUUAAUUACCCGUAUACAUACAACACGGAAAUAUAAAACAACGGCCAUUGUGUAUGUAAAGAAUAAACUCGUAUCAUAAUAAAUAUUAGUCCUUUCUGUCAGAAACAGUCUGAUUUUGCACUGAAACUGCUAGGAAAACCCGUUUGAUGUUGUGGUCUUUGAAUGUGUGUAGACUUGGCAGCCAUGCUCUCACUUUGGUGUUGCAAUCCUGUUACCAACUCUGUUUUGUAUUUGCUCGUGGGGAUGUGUUUCCUUGCUUCUGUGGCCUUGAAUUACAAACAUGUCUUUACAUCUGGUUUCUCCAGAGCAGGAUACUGACACAAUGUAAAGCAACAAAUAAAUUCUUA